GAGACUUUCCACCAACAGAAACGGUAAAAUUCUCCUCACUAACCACUCGCCGGCCGUCUUCUUCACCGGCACCGGAACUUCACUCUCACAGUUCAUCUCGCGAAACGGUAACAACUCUUGUCUCUUCACAAAAUUUUAGGUUUUUAACUUUCAAUAGGUUUUGCGAUGAGUGCUGAGACGAAACCGGUGAUUAACUCGCUUACUCGAAGCAUAUGGAACUCAGGAAAGGCGUACGAUUUGAAACCAAUGGCUUCCUCCUCUAUUUCGCAAGCUUCCUCUAUACCGGAACUGAUUUCGUAUCUAAAAUCGGCUUUUCGUGAUAAGGAGUUCUCUCUGGUUGAAGGAAUUCUAAUGGACCGUGAAAAACAGCUGCGGACAGAAAUUCAAAAUCUUAAGAGAGAUUUUGAUUCUGUAAAGACUGGGCGAGAUUUAGCAGAGAAGGAUCAGGCUAUAGUUGAUCUGGAAAAGUUAAAUAUGGAGAAUCGAUUGAAGGAUAUGCAGAGGAAAAAUGAGGAGCUAAAAAAUGAGAAAGCUGAAGUUGAGGCAAAACUGAAGAUGUAUUUGGAAAAGUUCAAAGAGUUGGAAAGUAGAGUAUCACUUCAGGAGGAAGAAGCUGCUAAAAAUCGUGCUGUGGAUGUCUCAGUGAUCCAAAAAAUGGUAGAAGAUUUGGAAGCGGAGGAUGAUGAUGUUGUAGAAGUGGAUAGUAAAGCUUCUGGUGCUGAUGGAGAUCUUCAGGAAAAGCAGUUGUCACCACCUAGGGCUCCAUCGGUUGAUUCAACUGCAAAUGGAAAUGGAAGUGGUAAAUCAAGAGAUGAAGCUGCAGGCAGUGGUAACACGGACUUGAUUUCAACAAAAAUGAAUCUGGUUAAUUGUCCUGAUGUCCAGACAUUGCAUCCCAUGCCUUUUGCUGGUGGUUCUGCUCAAGUCAAUAGCAAUGUUUCCAACAUAGAAAAGAAAAGUUGUCGUUCAGAGGAAGCAGACCCUCUCCUUAUCAAUUUGGCUUGUGAGAAUAGAGCACCUACUAUAGAUCUAUCAGCAUGCGAAGCAAAAGGCUGUUUGAAUACAGCAUCUGGCAGGGCUGGGUCUUCAACUGUUGUUCACAUUAGCGACAGCGAUGAUGAGAAUGCAAAGGCUUGUGUUUCUAAAAGUAAUGAUGUAGGUAGGAAUUUAACAUUUCCACACCAGAUAAAAGAAGAGGAUGUAAAGGAAACUUCAGUGUCCAAGAGGAAAAGAAGCUUAUGUGAUAGUGACAAUGGUGGUGGUUCUUCAUUUAGCAAACUAAAGACUAGAUCUAUUCAAGAAUUAAAUCGUGAUGGAAAGCUGGCCUUUUCUUAUGACAAUUCCCAUAAACCGGUGUUCGUAAGACGAUGCGAUGACAAAGAUGGAGGGAAGUCUUAUUCUCAACUAUCUUCCAGAAGAUCUGAUUUAUACAAGCUUGAUGGGACUGGUGAUGAUAGUUCUUCAGAUUCGGAGAAUGAUCCCUUGAGUGACAAAAGUAUGAAUAUGUUAAUCCAAAGUAUUACAAAACGCAAAAUUUUCUCGUCGGAAGAUGAUUUGAGGUCAUCCUUUGAGAAGGACCCUGAACUUUGUAUGAAUGCGAUUUGUGCACUUUAUAGGCACCAAAUUUCUCCAAACAUCUCUUCCAAGGGCUUUCUUGCUACCACGAGACAGGGGUUGAAUCAAUCUGAUAAAAUCAGCAUAGCUGCUUUGGGUGAAUAUCUGAUGGAUGGGGAUCCAGAAAAUAAACUCAGAAAAGCCGUGGAAGAAGUACGUCCAAAGGAUCAUGCAGAAUGUAAAAGAUUGGCUACUAAAUACUGCGACCAACUAUAUCAGAUAUACCUUAACAAGGAGGAUCGUCUGUUCCUCCCAAUCUCUAAGUUCUAGUUUAGCAGAAAGGCGAUCUGCCUUUAUGCUAUACAUAUGCUCCUUCCAAGCGAAAAAAACUAUUACUAAUAUGAACAUAUUUUGAUUGCUCUUUACUCCCCAGUUAUUACCGCACAAGAUGGAAGCUUUUGCUGUAGCAGCUAGUAACCAAAACACCUUUAUGAUUCACCUUUUGUUACUUUGGUGUGGAUAGUUGAUUAUGGAUAGUUAACAACUGAUAUAUAUAUAGGUUUUGAUGGUCAUAGAUGAUAAUAUGUAAAAAAUUAGGAAUAUAUUUUGUACCCCCAUGAAUCAUGUUGAAGACUUGUUCCCUUUUUUUUAUGUAAGGUUCUUAUAUUGGGCUCUUUUGGCUUAGUCACCUCUUGAUUCCUU